AUGGCCUUGUUAAUUGUCUCCAUCAACCUCUACACGCAAGCGCUGAGAUUAACCUUUAUUGAACUUAUUGGAAGGAAGUUAGGUGAGUUUAAAAUGAACAAAUUUAACAAAAAUUCGAACAACAAUCACUCCGAAAGUUAUAAAAGUCGUGUAGAGAGCCGUUCAAAGCCAACAUUACCAAACUCUGACACCAAAGAUAUAUAUGAAAAUGACGAACACAUGAAAUCUCACAUUCGAAAUGGGAAUGUUUUCCGUCAAUUAAAAAAAGACAUCAGCCUGUGUUACAACAACGUUACGCAUAAAGCAGAAGUACGAAUUGACAGUAGGGAAAAUUUUUCAAGACUAGACGACAAUCGUGACAUCAGACGCUACUACAACUACACUUUCACGAAUAAUCGAUUUUACGUCAGAACUGUGAGCUUCGAGAAAAAACAGAAUCCGUCAAAUUUAAAAAAAAACUGCAGUCCCACAAAGCAGUGCAAACUUUUAACAGGCCGCAGAACUGUGAGCAUGGAGAAGAGAGAGAAUCCAUCUGCGGCCUUGAAUAGUGUAGCUGGUCAGCCAAACUCGAUGUACAACUCAUCAAAAUUCAGACUGGUCAAUGAUGACCGCAAACUUGUUCAUUACGGUUUUCUUGAAGUUCGUGGCAAGGACAGGAAAGGUCGCAAGAUAUGGCGGACUGUAUGCGGGGUCGAUUGGGACGCGGUUAGUGCUGACCUCGCGUGUAGAGCCAUGAAUUACGAGAAGGGAACAACGGUCAGGAACAUGAUGGGAUUCUCGGAGUACAACCACAGAACUGACGACAAAUACAUCAACUGCGAAAAAUCGCAUGGGAAUUUUGACAAUUGCUAUAAUAUAAUGCAACCCAGUGAGGAGUGCAGAGGCGAAAGUUUCAUACCAGCCUACCUGCGCUGUCUAAAGGCGAACCCGUCGUCAGUGAAGUCAAUGAAGGAGACAGAAGAUGGCGUGCAUCACGCCGCUUCCUACAUGCUCGAUGGAAAACUCAUUCCUAUCAGCGCCGAAGGUUGGAAUGAUUUAGCGACCAACCUGCUCUGCAGACAUCUGGGUUGGGCGUACGGUACGUAUAUAACGAAAGUAUUACAGAAGCCUGUGGACCUCGUGAAAUUUUCAUGCAAGUACACCGACAAUCGCUCGCUUACAAUUAACGAUUGCAAAUACAUGAUACACCUACACAACCAGACCAUCGCCGUCAACUGCUUCAUGUCCUACGUCCACAGAGUCAUAGAGCCGAGACACAACAUAAUUAUCAGGCAGUUGGAUAGGGGCAACAUGAACAUAACAAUGAUCAUCAAGAAAAUGAUCAAAUCAAUUGUCAUCAACGCCUUUAGUAACGUUGACUUUGAGUGUGAGCAGUUAAGUUUGGAAGGUGUGGAGUUAAAUUUACUGGAGGAGUUGCUGAUUGGAGCUAACCUCACUAUGUACAUGAAUUUCUGCAACAAGUCCAAUCCCGAUACAUUCACCUUCAUCAACUUCACCUACUAUACCAUGAAAAAUCGUCGUCUGACAAGAGGUCGCAAGUACUUCGCGUACGUAGUCCUGUUUGGGGCGUGCUUCCUAUUCUUCCUGGUGGCCAUCAUCUUUUUACUGGUCUACAAAUGUAAACACAUCCGACAAAGGAAGAGUCUUAGCUCGGUGCAAACUGGACAAACUAGCCAAACCGAUUCUUUUGAUAAAUGA